AUGGCAAUGGCGCAGCAAGCGAGCUUCCCCUGCUCGAAUGCUACUACAUGGAGAGAGCUCACCAACACGAGCUGGAGGGACGACGACUACCGGCGGAUGGUGAUGGCGUACCUGAUCGAGGCGGUGUACCUGCUGGAGCUGGAGCGGCAGGAGCGCCGGGACGCGGCGGCGGUGGCGCAGCAGUGGUGGAAGCCGUUCCACUUCCGCCUGGCGCACGAGCUGGUGGACGACCGCGACGGCUCCGUGUUCGGCGCCGUCUUCGAGCGCGACCACCACGGCGUCUCCUCCGACGCCUGCAGGCCCAGCCCGAGCGGCGCGCCCAGCGCCGUGAUAGCGUUCCGGGGCACGCUGCUGCGCGCGCCCACCAUCCGGCGCGACGUGGAGGACGAGCUCCGCCUGCUGGCCCGGAACAGCCUCCGGGGCUCCGCCAGGCUGGCGCGCGCCGUGCAGGCGCUCAGCGCCACCAUCGACCGCUUCGGCUCCGACAACGUCUGCGUGUGCGGCCACUCCCUGGGCGCCGGCUUCGCGCGCCAGGUCAUCCGGAUGCUCGUCGCCUCCUCCUCGCCGCGGCAGCAGCACCCGCGCCAGCAGCAGGCGGCCGCCUUCGCCGCCGCGUCGCUCGAGUCCCACCUCUUCAACGCGCCCUACCUGUCGCUGCCCAUGGGCGUCAGGAGCGUCGUCAAGACGGCGGACUGCCUGCUCAAGGCGCUCCGCUCCGGCGUCGCCACCGUCGGCAAGUGGCACGGCAAGGCGCUCCGGAACGUGGCCUACGCCAACUGCAUCCUCGGCUACACCAGGCUCGAGAGCACCAGGAAGUUGUGA